CUCGUAAAGCUUGGAGUACACUGCGUGCUUGGGAAAAAGGUCGCAAUUAAAAUAAUUAAUCGAGAGAAGUUGAGCGAGUCUGUACUGAUAAAGGUUGAACGAGAAAUAGCAAUAAUGAAAUUGAUUGAUCAUCCACAUGUUCUAGGCUUGUCAGAUGUUUAUGAGAAUAAAAAAUACUUAUAUUUGGUACUCGAGCAUGUUUCCGGUGGUGAGCUUUUUGAUUAUCUAGUUAAAAAAGGUCGAUUGACACCUAAAGAAGCACGAAGAUUUUUUCGUCAAAUUAUAUCAGCGCUUGACUUUUGCCAUUCUCACUCGAUUUGCCAUCGUGAUUUAAAACCGGAAAACUUAUUACUCGACGACAAAAAUAAUAUCAAAAUAGCCGAUUUUGGAAUGGCUUCUCUUCAACCUAUGGGGUUCAUGUUGGAAACAUCAUGUGGUAGUCCACACUACGCUUGUCCUGAAGUUAUUCGAGGGGAAAAGUAUGAUGGUCGACGAGCGGAUGUUUGGUCAUGUGGCGUUAUCUUGUAUGCCUUACUAGUUGGUGCUUUACCAUUCGACGAUGACAACUUGCGACAGCUGCUAGAAAAAGUUAAACGAGGCGUCUUUCACAUACCCCAUUUUGUUCCGCCCGAUUGUCAGAAUCUUUUACGAGGAAUGAUUGAAGUGAAUCCUGAAAAACGACUUACCUUAUCGGAAAUCAACAGACAUCCUUGGGUUACAGCAGGCGGUAAGAGUGAACUGGAACUUGAACUGCCAAUGAUGGAAGUCGUACAAACACACGUGAUACCGUCAAUUUCAGCUGUUGAUACUGACAUAUUAAAUUCUAUUUGUUCUUUGGGAUGUUUCAAAGAUCGGGAGAAAUUGAUUCAAGAGCUUUUAAGUCCACAUCACAAUACAGAGAAAGUUAUUUACUUUUUGCUGUUGGAUCGCAAGAGAAGACGUCCCGCUGUUGAGGAUGAAGAAGAAAUCAGUCGUGCAAAAACGGAUGUCAUUGAUGUUAUGGAUCCACCGCGAAAACGACUCGACACAUGUAGAAUUAAUGGCAACACUAAUUGUACUUAUGGUCAAAUAAGUGAAGGUUCGCCGCUUCAACCGCGUCGUUCUACGUUUAACAAUGGAAAGAACUACAGUCGUCGAUCACCGUCGUCUGCACCAUCAACACGUUCAUCAUCUUCAUAUCAUCAGAGCCCUACAAGAGGUAUCACCAUGAAUUCUACUCAGGUUUUGAGUAAGUGUAAGUAUCCAAAUUGCGAUCUUAUUAAACAUUUUGAUGAAUAUGAUUUGCAAACAAUUAAUGAAUUUGCAGCUAUUUUGCGUCCAUCGUCACCUGCAUCUGCCACAUCAUCCCCGUCACGUCAUUCAUCUUACAGUAGCUCGGGUCGCCCAAAGACCCAAAUAACGGAUCAUUCUAAUUCAUCUUCAUCUCAUUCUAACAACAACAAUAAUAAUCUGUCCAUAACAUCGACUUCAUCAUGUACUGCAUCGCCUGUGCAUCAUCGCGCCAAUUCAGGUCCAAUGAUUGUUUCAAAUUUAUUCAGUGAGGGUGAUCAAAUGACUCAAUCGGCAAUUGUUCAACCAGCCUCUCCACAUUUAAGUGCAACUAUAAACUCCAAUGCUCCAGGUGGACCUGCAAGUGGCGGUCAGUUAUGGAAAACACGAUUAACAAACAUCAAAAAUAGCUUCCUUGGCAGUCCACGCUUUCAUAGAAGGAAAAUGCAAAUUUCGACAGAAGAGGUUCAUCUUACGCCUGAUUCGUCACCUGAGCUGACUAAAAAGUCGUGGUUUGGAAAUUUAAUUGCGACGGAAAAGGAUGAAACAUUUACAAUUCUUGUGAAAGGAAAGCCUCUGUCAACAGUAAAAGCACAUCUCAUACAUGCAUUUUUAUCUAUGACUGAAUUAUCGCAUAGUGUAAUCUCGCCUAUGUCAUUUCGACUUGAGUAUAAGAGAGGCAGCACCGGGCCUACAAUGGUUCAGCGCUAUGUACGCAUUCAAGUUGACGUCAAUCCUAUUUGCAAACAAGGCGAUGUUGCCGAUUUGUUAUUUGCUAUUACAUUCACAUUGUUAUCUGGCAACAUUCGUCGCUUCCGUCGAAUUUGUGAACAUAUUCAAGCGCAAGUGUGCUCGAAACGUUAUCCUACGUCAAUGAAUAGUCCAAUGAAUCAAAAACCAGUAAUUAUGCAACCAAUACAGCAACAACAAACGCCACAAUCGAUGAGUACAUCGUCAAAUUCAGCCGCUGCAUCAGCGGAAAGUAUUUCUUGUGGCUCUGCCGAUUCAAGUGAUCGAUUGAGCUACCGUGAACGCCAAAACGAAACAGAAAGUGAGGUAGAAACAUUUUUUGACUGCAAUACAACAUUGGCAAAACCACGACGUGCAUCAGCUUCUUCAAAUAAAAACAGUGAUGAUGGAUCGCCAUCAUGUACGGCGAUCAAGUCCGUUAGCUCAAGAUAAUUAAUUAUGCCAUUUUUUAUGCUCCUAAUAUCCUAACUCAUAAAUUAAUUCACAGAAGUAAUAAGAAUAAAUUGAUGCUCUUAGUUAAUACAUAUUUAAAUAGAUGAGAUAUUUGCGAUGAAUAGCAAAUAUUUUAUUUGUCUUAUAAACAUCCUUGCUAAUUACCUAAGCCGAAAAUUUAAUUGAAACAGAAGAAGAGUGUGUAAUUGUUGAAUAGACUAAAUUAUCGAUUAACUAUUCUCUUCUCAUUGAAUUAAUAAUCAAUUGAUCCCACAUUUUGGAGUCUUUAAUCAAUGUUGUUGUGAAAAUGAGCGCUUGAUACCAAAUUGUUUAAGUAUUAGAAACUGAGUGAUUAUUUAUUUUAUCGUGUCUUGUGUCGUACUACACAGGCUGAAGCUAUCAAAUGAUUCUAAAUCAUUAAUGCAUUCAGCAAAUUUUCGCAUCAUCUUAUUGACGACAUUGAGUAAUUUUAAUCUCAGCCUCUUUUUGCAAAUUUAAUUUUUUUUCUUUUAAAUUUUAUCGCAAGAAAUGUUGAAGUCUGGUGCAAUGCGUAUUUGUAACAGAAAUAAACGGAAAAGUUUCAAUUUAUUGAGUCUCUUGAAAUUGUUUAUCUACUAUUUCUAUUUUCUACGGCAUAAAUGCCUGCUUGUUUCAAAUAUUUGAGAAUGUUUACAUUGGCUCAGAGUGGAAGAUCUAAAUACAACAUAAGGAUGAUGAGAAAGAUUGAUUAUUGAUCGUUUUGAAAACUACAAAUGUCUUUAAAAAGAGCAUAAUGAAAUUGUUUGUCAACAAAUCAGAUCCGUUGACUCCAAAAAAUGUAAUAAUAAUAAUAAGUAGAAGGUGAAACUUCUUCUGAAGAUCUUCACCAAGUUACGGAUGUUUGUCCAUCAAUCAAUAAUUUUCUUUCACUCUUAGUCAGUGUUACUAUAUAUCAAAUGAAGAAUAUUCUUAUCAAAAAAGUAAGAUCAUAGAAAUGUUUGUAGCCUCUUUCUAUUUAUCUAGAUAAUUCAGAUUUUGUAUGUUGUCGCUUUGAAACUUUUUGAAAUUAAAUUGGAAAAUGUAAAAGGGCAGCAUUUGGGUCAAGAGUUGAAAUGGCAUGUCACCUUAAUCUUACCUGAUUUAAACAUUUUUGUUCUCUUGUCCUAAAUAUAAUAUAAAUUGAAAAAUAACACAAUUGAAUCAAAAAACGUCCUUAUAAUUGCGAUUAUUCAUCUGUAACUUUAUAAGCCAUUGAAAAACAUAAAACCUAAUAAAACCUAACGAUAAUUGCAGAUAAAUUAUCUGUGUAAUAAAUGCGUUAAGUAAUUAUUAAAUUCAAAUUAACCAAUCCAAUUUUUGCUUCAUAAAUCAUUUCUCUGCAUAUUUAGUGAAGGUUUUAAUAGUGCGUGGGAAAAAUAUUUGCUAAACAUUCUUCCCUUUUCUUCAUACAAGCAAACUCCUUUUCAACAACCAAGAAAGAAAACCAAUUAAUAAUUAUUCAUUGAAAUGCUUAUCUUCUCUGAACAUAAAUUUAAGUUUUAAUCUGGAAAUGAUAUUUAAGCAGUUUUCAGAGCUAAACUAUUUUUCGACGACUAAGGGAAAAUAAAUCCUGCAAUAAAACAAUGUCGUAAUACAUAAAAAUUUACGUAAUAUUUUUGUGCAAUAAUAUCCAUAGCGAAAUGAAAUAUUUUUAUGAUGCGAUUUAAUGAUUUUUCUAUCAAUUCAACAAAGUAUUAGAUAUGUUGAAUAAACACUCAGAAAACAUGAUACUCUAAUCAGAGAAACAAUAACAACUUUAAACAUAAAUAGAUGUUACAUUUUGAUUUAUUCUGCUAGAAAAUGUUUCUUCUUUUUUAUUUAUUAUUAUUUUAAGCAAAACAUUAAAUGCCUGUUUACAAAAGCAGUGGAAAUGUUAUCUACACAUCAGACCACCUCUUAAAACGUCAACAUAAUGAAUAAAAAUCAAGCAAAAUUAUUAAUUAGUUACAUGAUAUUUAAACUUUAAACACAAAUAAAAAUGAAAAUUAUGGGAAAGAUAAUUUAAAUGCAUUAAUAAUAUAAUUUCAAACAAAACAUUAAAUCGAUAAAAUGUGGUUUAAUUUAAUGUAUCAAUUAAUUAAUAAAACAAAGCUUUAUUACAUAAAAUUAUUCAAAUGUUUUUCCUUACGCUAUCGGGGUUUAUCUGUACAUAUUUUCAAAAAUUGAAUUAUCCAUCUAUGAAAAGUUAUUAUGACUUAAAUAUAUUCUGAAAAUUUCUAUCAGACAUUUUGUU